AUGGGAGGUAUGGGAGGCCGGCGCCAACGACAGUCCGGACCGCAGAAGGGCGCAGAUCUGCAGCUCGAGGUUACGAUCCCCUUCUUGACAGCCUGCUUUGGCGGUGAAGUGAAGGUGGACAUCAGACGCGAAGAGGUGUGCUCCACCUGCUCUGGUACUGGCACCAAACCGGGUGCAAGCCAGACGCAGUGUCGACAAUGUGGUGGGACUGGCACCGUGAUGCAAGUCAUGCAGACUCCCUUCGGUGUCAUGCAGACACAGCAGGUAUGCCCGGCAUGCAACGGUUCUGGAGUGGACCCUUCCAGCCUUUGCGGUUCCUGCGGGGGCAAGGGCACAACACCAGCUCGGCAGGAAGUCACCGUCAAGGUGCCGGCAGGUUGCAAUACUGGCAACCAACUUCGUCUCAGAGGUGAAGGUGACAAAGGAUCCAAGAAGGGUCCCUCCGGAGAUCUAUAUAUUGGCGUGAAAGUCGAGCCUUCCAACGACUUUCAGCGCGAUGAGUUUGAUAUCUAUACUGAGAGCACCGUAGACGUGUUUGACGCCAUCCUGGGAACCUCCAUCAAGGUGAAGACCAUUGAUGGAGACGCUGAGAUCAAGGUGCCGAAAGGUACUCAGCCUGAAACACGUCUUCGGAUCAGAGGCCGAGGUGUGCCAAAGCUCGGCAAGCCUCAGGAGCGCGGUGAUCACUACAUCACCGUGAAGGUGAACAUUCCCAGGAAUUUAUCCUCAGAUGACGAGGAGAAAGUGAUGGAACUUCGUGGCAGAUCAAACUGA